AUGAACGGCUGGGAGGGGGGCGGGCAGGGGCUGCGAGUCCCCGAGUCCCGCAGGCGGCGGCUCCGCGCCGGGGCCGUGCCGAGCUGCCGAGCCCCGGUCCGCCCGGCCCGAGGGAGGGAGCUCCGGGGCCGGCGCUGGUGCCGGUGCCCGGGGGCGGGCGGGGGCUUCCUGCCGCCGCCUGGCAGAGCCGCCCGCGCCGCGCCAUGGAGCGGCCCCGGCUCCCCGCUGCCCCGGCCCCGGCCGCCGCUGCCCCGGCUCCUGGCCGCCGCAGUGCUCGUGGAAUGCUGCGCUCGGCUUUGUCCGGCUCUGGGCAGCGGGACGGGCUCCGCUUUGAGCGCUGCCGACCCCUGCGCCCACCUGGGCACCGCGGCGGGGCAGCGCUGCCAGACAGGUACGGCUACAGAUCGCCCGCAGCCGGGAGCUGGCACGGGGCAGCCGCCCACACCAGGGGCCGUGGGGCAGCUGUGGACAGAGGCUGGACCGCCGCCCUUCCCCGGGACCCCCGCCGGCACAGCCGAGCUCUCCAGCCCGCAGGAGAGCCCCAGAGCCCCCGGGCUGGGCAGGGACGGGACGGGGCCGGCGGUGCCGGGCGGUUCGGCCGCCGAACCCCCGGGGCCCGCGGUCUCUGCAGGCCGGGAGCAGCCAGCCCCUGCUGCAGGGACCCCAGCCCCUGCGGAGACACGCACAGAUCCUGCCACCACGCACCCCCCGGGCCCUGACCCUCUGGGACAUGUGACAGUAGAAGGUGCCACGACCGCGCAGGGGACGCUUCUGUAUUCACCACGCUCUUUGACAGUGCCAGCUUCUGCCAGGGGACAGUGGAGGUCCAGCAGCAGCCUGCAGGGAUGGAGGGCCGUUGGGACAGCCCUUGUGCAGAGCCAGAGUGACACUGUCCAGCUGGGUGACAGCAGCCCAGGGACCCGCCCGAGCACUGUGCUGGCCACUGACAGCUCAGGGCCAGGGACAGCCGGGACAUCACCCUUUGCUGGGGGGCUGCAGGGGCUGCUGACCCCCACAGGGACACUGCGGGGGACACACUGGGGGCUGCCAGCCCUGUCAGGAGGGCAGGGCUUUGCUUCCCACCCACGGGAGGGUCCCCACUCUGCCCCUCAGCCCUCUGCACUGUCCCUUGGGCCUGGUGGGAGCCCUUUGGCCAGCACAGCCUGGCCAGCCGUGGGGACAGGCCCAGCCUCGCUGCCUGCCACACGCAGGGGCUCAGGUCUGCCUCUGCCCACCACCAUGGCCAGCAGCCCAGGGGUGACAUCUCCCAGCCACAGAGGAGCUCCGGACCUGACCACAGGGGUCUUGGGCCCACCUGACAGAGGGGGUGCCCCUGAGCACAGUCACAUCCCCCUGACCCCAUCAGCCAUCCCAGGGCAGCCUGCUGUCCCCCCGGCCCCUGGCAGCCCUGCUGUGGCCCAGGGCGGGGUGACACACACCACUCCUGGUUCUCCCCACGUGUCUCCGUCCCCACAGCCUGCCCCAGCCAGUGGCUCUGCAGUGACCCUGCUGUCGACCCCUCUGCCUUCCCCAGGGACCAGCUGGGGGGUCCUGGGGUUCGGCCCUACUGUGGGCACCCCUCUGGGGGACCCCUCCCCAGGGCUGCCCCAUUCCAGCUCGGAGGUGGGUCCUGCUGAGAGCCCUCCAUCCCUGGGGGGGACCCAGGUGGGAGUGGGCAGCCUGGCACCCCCCUCAGCAGCUGGGCCUCCCCAGCAGCCAGCUUUGCCCCAGCCUGCACCUUCCCCGGGACCGACCAGUGCUGUUGGUGUCACCACCACCGCUGUCACUGCCACCAUCACAGCAGCCACCAGCCCAGAAAGGCUCGGGGACAUGGGGCCAGUCACAGCAGAGCCACGUGCUGCUGUACUGCAGAGGGAUGUGCAGGGGGUGACAUGGGGAUCCCCAGCUCAGAUGCCCACUGUGAUGCCCGGGCCCCCCCAGCAGCCCACAGGUGACCGUGGUGGGGGCCCUGGGUCCCCCCCAGCUGCUGUGGGCACAGAGCUGGCCCAGCCAUCGAGCAGCCCCAGAGAGAGGGCAGACACUGACACCCCCCAGGUGACACCGGCUGGGGUGGGCAGGGCCCCCCAGGUGUUCAUCGUGGAGGAUCAGCCCCCACUCCUUAGAGCACCCGUCCUGCGCAUCCCCUGUGAGCUGGUGCUGGACACGGCGUUCGCGCCGGCCCUGCAGGACCCCGGCUCCGCCGAGCGCCAGGAGCUGCUGCACAGCUUCAACCAGACGGUCACUCCGCUCUUCACGCCGGUGCCUGGCUUCCUGCGGCUGGAGGUGACCGGCAUCAGGGAGGGCAGCGUGGUGCUGAGCUAUGACGCGCUGUUCGCGGCCGAGCAGCUGCCGGGGCCGGGGCUGGACGAGCUCCUGGAGGCCGCGCUGGGCUCUGCCCGUGCCCGGCCGGGGCUGGCGCUGGGCACGGCCCCCGUCCUGCGCCACGUGGCUCUGGCGCGGCCGCUGGACCCCUGUGCUCUGCUCUUCACCUGCCCGUCCGGCUUCGCCUGCGCGUCCAGGGCGGACGGGAACGUGACCUGCACCUCGCUGUGCCACCGAACGUACUGCAAGAACCACGGCAUCUGCUCGCACGGCCGGGACCAGCAGCCCCGCUGCCAGUGCCCCGUGGGCAGCGAUUUCUGGUUCAUGGGGCUGCGCUGUGACUACCGGGUGACACAGCAGGGCCUGCUGGGCACGGCGGCCGGGGUCCUGCUCAGCAUCGUGCUCCUGGGCGCCGUGCUCGCCGCCGUCGCCGUGCGCCGGUUCAAGGCGCUGCUGCUGGAGGCCAGGGCCGACCAGACCCGCAGCAGCUACCGCCGUUUCUGCCGCCUGGACGACGUCUCGGCCCAGUACUGGUCCCGCUCGGGGCUGCCCUCGGCCAGCUCGCUGGACAACCCGGCCUUCAGCAACUCGGAGGAGCUGCUGCAGCUGCAGGUGCUGGACAGCGGCUGCUGCGGCUGCCGGGGCGACUCGGCUGGAGCCAAGCGGCGCCCGGCGCCCUGUGCCCACCCACAGUGCCAGCCCAGUUUCCAUUACGACUGGGACACCAGCUCCAGCAGCAUGAAUGACCCUAUGGUGGACUCGGGCAAAGCCAGUGACAUCUCGGUGUCAAGCUGGCCCAUGGAGCCCAUCCAGUGGGCUCCUUUCCCUCUCCACCAGCUCUCCAGGCAGCGACCGCACAAGGCGCGCUGGCCGCAGUCGUUCUGCGAGGGGCUGGAGCUGGGCACGCUGGAGCGGAGCUGGACGGCCUGAGCCCACGGAAACGGACGGACACGAGGUUCAGCUUUAAAACCAACCACAUUUUAUUUCCACGUAACGAGCUCAGUGAAGGAAUCCACACACUUGGACGAUACAAUCAACGCGGGUGUGAUGUCAGUGAUGUCAGUCCCAGCGGGGCAGGGCCCGGCGAGCCCCUGCCCCGGCUCCUGUCCGCGCCUCGCAAGCUCUGGCUGGGACUGCGGGCUCCAGAGCAGGCAGAUACAGAGAGGUGUCAGGACACACAGUGCUGGCAUCCACCAGGUCGUGACUUUUGGGGGCAGUCUGGGCAGAAAGGCUGGCGGUUCUGGAGGGCACGUCGGGCUCCGGACGCAGCGGCUCUGCCCCGCGGCCGCCGCAGGGAGGGAGGGAGACACACGAAAGCGUUGCUGCGUCGUUCAUCAUGAUUCAUGUCAAUGAGGUAUAAAC